GACGUAUAAACCAGUGUAAAUGAAAUUGAGAAAGGGGUCAAGAGAACUAUGUCGGCAUAUCAGGAGGAUCUUCUCUAAUACAGGUCUGUUUCAUCGAACCACACAGGAUCAAGAUUUUUGUAUAUUCCUUUUGUAAAGCCCUUAAUGAAUCAGUAGAGAAAUAAUUCCUAUUAUUCGACAAGUGAAGGUCAACUUCAUCAUAUGCAGAAUGAGUAAUGAAGACACUGAGAAUCAAACAGACCAAUUGGAACCAGAAUCAUCAUCAGCAUCAGGAACAUCAUAUAAUUCCAUAAAGGCAGACAAAUCUGAUUGUUUGCAGAUGAAAAACUCUUUUCCAAAAACAACAGAAGCCAGCAAAUCUUUUACUUGCCAUCAUUGUGGAAAUGGGUAUAAAAGUAAAGCAUACCUUGUGAAGCACAUAAAAAUCCACACUGAAGAAAAACCUUUCACCUGCCCUCAGUGUGAGAAAAGUUUCAGGAGAAAAAUAAACUUUAGAAAUCACAUAAGGAUUCACACCGGAGACCGUCCAUACCCAUGCCUUCAGUGUGAAAAAAGUUUCACAAACAAAACUAAUCUAACGGUCCACAUGGGAAUUCACACUGGAGAGCGCCCAUACACAUGUGAACAGUGUGGAAAGAGUUUCAGGCACAAACAUGGUCUUCAAGUCCACGUGAGGAUUCACACUAAAGAGAAUCCAUACCCAUGUCUUCAAUGUGGAAAGAGUUUUACACACAAAACUAAUCUAACGGUCCACAUGAGAACUCACACCGGAGAGCGUCCAUACUCUUGUCUUCAGUGUGAAAAGAGUUUCAAACACAAACAUAAUCUUCAAGAACACAUGAGAAUUCACACUAGAGAGAAUCCAUACACAUGUCUUCAGUGUGGAAAGAGUUUUACACAAGAAAGUAGUCUUAAAACCCACAUGGGAGUUCACCCCGGAGAGCGCCCAUACCCAUGUCUUCAGUGUACAAAGAGUUUCAGGCACAAAACUAACCUAAGGGUUCACAUGAGAAUUCACACUGGUGACUGCCCAUACCCAUGUCUUCAGUGUGGAAAGAGUUUUAGACACAAACGUAGUCUUCAAGUCCACAUGAGAAUUCACACCGGAGAACAAUACCAGUAGAUUCCAUCCCCCUGCUUUUGUGCACAUUUUGAAGUAUCGCAUCAGAAAUAAUGUUGGAGAUUUCAAAUAAAAAUCAUUUUACUUGCAUAAAAGUUUUUAAUUGUUUCUUGUUAUACUGGUUCAAAGUCUAACAAGAAACAAUUGUGUGUGUGUGUCUGGCCUUUCCAAUGUUUUCAAAACCAUGUCCCCUAUUCCCUAAGUAGCGGAUGACAAUUGAGUCCACUUUAUGGGGGAGAAGUGAAUGAAAAUGGGUGUGUGAUUUCUAAAACCACGCGUCAAAGAGCUGUCCCAGAGAUUUGUCAUAAACCCUUAGGGGGCGUGCACACCAAAGCUUUUACGCCAGCGGCCGGCGCAUUUUUCAGAUGUUUUCAAUGGAAGCUCUGCGUUUUUCAAAUAAACCAGCAGCUACAGUAGGAUUUUUUACGGCAAUGAAAGCAGGCGCUCGAGAGUUGAAAGAGAUUCAACUUUGGGUGAAAAGCUCCGCUUAUCAAUGUCAGUUCUCAUUAGGGUGGCCAUUCGUGCCAGUUCCGCCGGACACCUCCCGAACAUGUUUUCGGAUGCGCUCCCCAGAAGUUGCAUUGCUCGACGAAAUACACCAUCGAGAUUCUCACAUUUCAGUCAAAAUGCAUUCGAAAAAUUAAGCUUUAUUUCUUAAGACAUACAAUUAUUGUAGUUUCAUUCUUACCUUGAAAUGUAACGGUUGCUUUUCUGAAAUUGAACCUGAAAUAUUAAACCUUGAUGACGUAUGCGGUCGACCAAUGUGACUUCCGGAGAACGCACCUGAAAACAUGUUCGGGACGUGUCCGGCGGGACUGGCAGGAAUGGCCACCCUAGUUCUCACACGACCGUCCAUCACAGUGGAGGAGCUAGGGUUAGGACAAGUAUCACAACCACCUACGGCCUCACAGCUCAAGUAUCACGGCUACCAAAGCGCUCGGCUGAAAAAACAGCUGGGAUUCGUCAUCCUCCAGGCAUUUUCAGCCGCAUUUAAAGGUUUUGGUGUGUACGCCCACUUACACCCAUGUAGAUUUAUGGAUUGUACUGUGAAACCGUAAAGUUUACUUUUUAACUGUUAACUUUUUGUCACAUUUGUCAUGUUUAUUGUAUGAGAAGAAAACAACUGCUUGUCAUAUUUAUA